AUGUCGGUGUGCAGCCCCAACCCGGUGUGGAGCGCGCUGUCCCUGGACCCGGUGGUCGCCACCCCCGCCAUCGCCCUCCUGCUCUUUUACUGGAGCAGUGCGGUGUCCCUGGGAAUGGGCAAGUCGCCCCUCCAGAUCACGGCCGAGGUCAUGCUUUCGUCCUCCUCGGGGGCCCUCGUCGCAGCGGGCCUGUCCUACCUGGCCGUCAGCAUCAAUGGCGGCAGCCAGCUGGAAUCUGUGACAAGGGUGACUCGUGCGCUGUGUGUGGCAGCGGCUACCGCGGCAUUUUCGGGCGCAUAUAUAUUCGUGGGCAUGGUGUGCCGCUUCCGCUGGUGCUCGCUGAACGUGUUUUUCACUUCACACCUGGUAGCCGUCGCCAUGCUGGUCGGCGCCUCCUACCACAAUCACAGCAGCUUCCUCCUCUUCAGCCGCCUGUGGAUCACCUUCUGCGCCAUCGCCAGCGCAACAUCCCUUCUGGUCUGUUCCCUGGUCCUGCCCAUGACGGGCGGCUUCCUCAUCCGCCGCGGUCUGGCCGAGGGACUGGAGGCGCUGGGGUCCUGCGUCCUCGGCACACUGCGCCUGCUCUGCGGCGAGGUGGACGAGCGGGGCCUGCUGCGCGCGCGGUCGGGGGACAACAUCAGUCACUUUGGCAUGGACUCGGGCCUUGGCAAUGCGGGGGUGGCCGAGGUGCACCGCCAGGCAAAUGCCGCCGCCGCCGCUGUGACAACGUUCUACAAGUUCCAGGACUCCACGCGCUGGGAGGCGGAGUUCUACCGGCGGCAGUGGCGCUUCCCGGUUCACAGCUACGAGCCGGUGGCGGUGCUCCUGCACAGCGCCGUGUCCAGCGCGAUGAUGGUGGUCUACCCGCUGCAGACGGGGCGCAUGGACUGCCGGCAGGCCCGCGCGCACGCGCACGAGCUGCUGACGCUGGGCUACGCCCUGGCAGCCGUGCUGGAGUGCGCGGCCAACGUCCUGCGCUCCCGCGCCCGGGCGCGGGAGCUGUGCCCCCUCCUGGAUGACAUGGAGAGUCGCUAUGUGGCCCUGCUGGCAGGGGCACGCGCCAGCGCGGCUGUCGAGGAGGGCGUCGCUGCAAUGGGCCCCCCAGCCCCUGGUGCCGCUGCUUCAAAGCCUUUACCGGGUCCGACCGCCCCGACAGACAUCAAGGACGACGCCCCCGGUGCCACGAGCGGCGCAAAUCAGGUCGCCUUCCACCUCGUCCUGUCCACGCUCUUCACGCUGUGCACCCGCGUGCGGCGCCUGGCGGCGGGCCUGGCCGACGCCGUGGCGGCCGAGGACCCCACGGCGCGACGCCACCUGGCACGCCACUUCGCGCCACGCCCGGGCAAUGACUGGCGCCUGCACGGCAUGGCGCAGGAGCUGAGAGGUGCGGCCAGCCUUGGGCCUGCCCCGCUUUCCAUCGCGGGUAUCUCUCUGGUCUCCUCGCCCCACGGCCCUGGCUCGAGCUCCCUGGCAUACUUUGCGUCCACCUGCCUGUCAUCGGCGCUGCUGUCCAGCGCCAGCCUGGCGUGCGUCUCUCCCAAGGGCCUGGCCGCUGCGGUGCCCGACAUCAGUGCGCCGGGGUUGCAGGCACCCAGCCCCGCCGCACUGCCGCUGGUGCAGGCCAGCCUGGCGUGGCACGCGCGCUGGUCGGCGCGGCUGGCCGCCCGCACCGGCGUCACCCCGGCCAUGCUGGCGCUGGGGCUGCAGGGCGCGACGGCCUACCUCAUCAUCCUGACGCUGCUGAUAAUCCCGACCACCAAUGACGCCUUCAACCAGCGCACCCUCUGGGCCAUCUUCAUCGUGAUCACCAUCCUGGAGCCUUUUGCCGGCGGCGUCUUUGUGAAGGCCUUGCAGCGCAUCACGGGGACGUUGUUGGGCCUGGGCUGCGGCCUGGCAGUCACUUACUUCACCUACCUCUGCAAUGGCCUGAGCUACGACAAUGAGCCGGCCAAGUUCAUCGUCAUGACGCUGGGCCUCAGCCUCUUCUCCGGCGUGUUCUCUGCCUGCACCCUGCUCUACCCCUCCCAGUUCUACAGCAUCCUGGUGGCAAGCAUCCUGCUGGCGCUGGGGGCGCUGCCCGGCUACCACACCUCCGCCCCCAUGCCGAGUGUGGCGCUCUGGCGCCUGGCCGCCACCGCCCUGGGGGUGGGGGUGGAGGUCCUGGUGGCGGCCACGGUUUUUCCAGUGACGGCGCGAGCCACCUACCGCGGGCUGAUGGCAGAGAGCCUGCAGGGCCUGGGUGACCUCCUGCAGGUGGCCACCGGCCGGCUGGUCUCUGGCAGGGCCCCCAGCCGCGGCCGGGGGUCCGGGGCUUGCGGCGGCAAGGGCAGCAGCAGUACGGAGGGUGUGCGCGGCGGAGAAAGCGGUGCCAAGGGCGGCCUCCCUGGCGAGGACGUGGAGGCUGGCGCGCCCCGUGGCAAGCCUGGCGGACUUGGCGGCGGGGCCAGAUGCCAGACCGAGGACGUCGUCAGGCCGGCGCGGGUGUGGAUGGCGCCAACAGGUGGCUGCGGUCUGCGGGUCACCUCGGACGCCGAUCCAGGGAAGGAGGUGCGCCUGCAGUCAGCCCUGGUACCUAGCACAGUCUUUGGCCCGAUGCAAAGCUGCGCGCAAGGGUGGGACCCUGCACGCCACCUGUCUGUGAGGACGGUGCGUGUAUCCAUCCCCGACGACGCCCCGGACCCCGGCAGCCCCCAGCAGCCGGUGCCGUUGAGCCCCAGCGCCCCUGCCACCACGGUGGUGAUGGACUUUGGGCAGGGGAAUCGGGUGCGCAUGCUCGGCAGCGCCUACCUGGACCUCAUGCGCCGGGCUCUCCCUGUCAGCACAUCCCUGGAGGCCAUCGCCAAGAUGGCGCAGGCCCUGCAGUACGAGUUCUACCCUUUUAGCAAAGUCAAGCGGUUCCCUCUUGAGGCUGGGGACCAGGCCCAGCGUCUUUGCCUCUGCCUCCUGAACGUUGCGUCGUCCUUUGCUGCAGCCCUGGACAGCAACGAUGCGCACAGCUCGCCCUUUCUCCUCCCCCACCGCAAAGAGGUGAAGAGCGUGGCCUUCCAGUUGAGCGAGUGCCUGCUGGGGCUGGCAGGAGUGGUGCGCCGCACAGCUGCUACUGACAGGGUGGUGGACAUGUCCCUGAAUCUGAAGGACAUGACGCGGCACCUCUUCGUCUCCUGCCUGUCGCAGUCCGAGGCCCUGGGCAGCCAGUCCCACCACGAAUUCCUCCUGGGCGUGUCCUUCCUGGCGAUGAUGUUCAAUGCCGGCUUUGUCAUACGCAUGCUCGCCAUGAGCCUGGUGCGUUGUGUGUGUGCCGGCGACGCGGCGGCGCAGGCCGCCGUGGAUCGUCUGGCGGAUGCCGAGCAGUGGGCCCUGGACGAGGAGCUCAUGCUGGUGUGCAACGACCUCAUGGCGGUGGCCCAGACCUCGGGCGACUACGAAGGGAUGGAGGACUUCCAUGCGGUGUCGGGCACCGUGUCCUCAAAGAAGCUGGACUCCGGAGAAGUGUAG